AUGUCUUCUGAAAUUCCAUCUCAAAUACGCGACUACGUGGAUAAGGCCGUCUUAAAUUCUCCUAGCGGAAGCUGGUCGUUUACCCAGGGAUUCUUACUUGGCCAGCUUACCGUCCUUUUAAUAGUGUUAGCUUUUGUGAAAUUUAUGUUAUUCGAAAAUGUGCAGAAUCCAACAAAAAAGCGCAUUCCUUUAAUACCACCACCGACAACUCCAAAAACUAUAACAAUACCACCUGCUUCAGCGAUUCUCACCAAAACGCUGUAUGAUCCGCUACAUCACGCACCCGAAUCAGUAGAUUGGUUAAACGUAUUGCUAGCGCAGGCAAUACAACAAUAUAGGACUGAGGCGCAAGCGAAUAACAGACUGCUUCGCAUAGUCUAUGAGGCGCUUAACAGUGGCGACCAACCGGAUUUCGUCGGUCCAAUUGAAGUUACUCAGCUGAAUUUAGGUGAAGAGUAUCCUAUGUUUAAUAAUGCACGAAUACGGCCAUCUGAACAGCCAGGGAGAAUGCGUGUUGAGGUUGAUUGUGAUUUUACGGAUCAAAUCACCCUGGGCAUUGAUACGCACAUAUUCAUAAAUUGGCCAAAGCCAAAAAUAGCUGUGUUGCCUAUUUCUAUGGUAGUAUCAGUAGUCAAGUUCUCGGCUACGAUAACUCUCGAGAUUGUAAACACUCAUCAAUCGACUUCAAUAGCGACAUCGGCCCUCCCCGACUUUGCUUUAUGCUUUGACGUACAAUCUCUCAUUGGUUCUUGUUCAAAACUGGAAAGCGUACCCAAAGUGACUCAUAUAUUGACAUCCAAACUCCGUAAUCUCUUUUGUGAGAAAUUCGUCUACCCCAACUGUUACAAAUUUGAAAUUCCAGAUUUAUUGGACGCACAUAAGAAUAACGAUGAGAAAUAA